UGGGCUUGAAGCCGGGCGGGAGGCUGGAGCCGCAGCCUCAGCGGAGCAGGCUGGAGCCAGAUCCCCGAGUGCAGCGCAGACCCUGGGGGAGCCAACUCGAGCUCGCCUUCGGGCACCGGUCGGAGCGCGCCGGGGCUCGCGUGUCAGCCGCAUCUCCCUGACGCUUUUGGGAGCAGCGAGCCGCGACUUCCCGGGUACCACCAGUCGCGGAGUCCUCACAGCCUCUGCCAGGCCUGCUUACGGCCUGAGCACACAGGAGGACCGGGAAUCAAGAUCUCCACCCUCACGGAGGAAAAAAGGAAAAAAAAGAGCAUAGCGUGAACACUGGGCAAGGAGGAGAGUGAAGACUUCACCUGGCACCAGGAAGAGGUACGGAACUUCCUAGAUACUGGUGUUCCUGGCUUCCCAGCCAGCAGCCACGAUCUCAGAUCUGCCCGUUUUGUGGGACACGGGCAGCUUAGCUUCCAGAUCUCCUCUUGCCAAGGCCUGGUGAACAUUGGUGCCCACACCUGAGACUGGCCCAGGGCCCAAGAAACAGUAUCUGGCCGAGCCCAAAGCUGGGAUCUCUGGUAGCCCGGAGCUGGUCACUGGGGAGGCUGCCUCCUGCUCCAGACCCACCGGUGCGGAUGGGCCGCUGUCCUCCGGAGCACCAUGAAGACAGGAUGACCUCAGCCGAAGCAGUAGCAGUGACUGGAAGUGCUCGAGUGGCUGGACCCCCUGAGUGGUCCCAUGGCAGCCCCCAGGUCCUCAGGCGACCUGGCAGGGCCCGGGUGGCUGUGGCAGCGCUGGUGUGGUUGCUGGCGGGAGCCAGCAUGUCAAGCCUUAACAAGUGGAUCUUCACCGUGCAUGGCUUCGGGCGGCCCUUGCUGCUCUCAGCACUACACAUGCUGGCAGCAGCACUGGUGUGUCACUGGGGGGCACGGCGCCCCAUGCCACAGAGCACUCGCCGCGAAGUGUUGCUGCUCAGCCUCACCUUCGGCACCUCGAUGGCCUGUGGCAACGUGGGGCUAAGCACUGUGCCCUUGGACCUGGCACAGUUGGCCACUACCACCACUCCAUUGUUCACACUGGCCUUGUCUGCACUGCUGCUUGGCCGUCGCCACCAUCCACUGCAGUUUGCUGCCAUGGGCCUUCUCUGCCUGGGGGCUGCCUGCAGCCUGGCGGGAGAACUCCGGGCACCCCCUGCAGGCUGUGGCUUCUUACUGGUGGCCACCUGCCUCCGAGGCCUCAAGUCUGUUCAGCAGAGUGCCCUACUACAAGAGAAGAGGCUGGAUGCGGUGACCUUGCUGUAUGCCACCUCAAUGCCCAGCUUUUGCCUGCUGGCAGGUGCCACCCUGGUGCUGGAAGCUGGUGUGGCCCUGCCACCCGCACCCACUGACUCUCGCCUCUGGACCUGUGUCCUGCUCAGCUGUGUCCUCUCUGUUGUCUAUAACCUGGCCAGUUUCUCCUUGCUGGCCCUCACCUCUGCUCUCACCGUCCAUGUCCUGGGUAACCUCACUGUUGUGGGCAACCUCAUCUUGUCCCGGCUCCUGUUUGGCAGCCAUCUCAGUGCCCUCAGCUACAUGGGCAUCGCACUGACUCUUUCAGGAAUGUUCCUUUACCACCACUGUGAGUUUGUGGCCUCGUGGGCAGUCCGCCGGGGACUGUGGCAGAGAGGCCAGCCUGACAAGGGACUUUAAGACCUUGGGAAGCUAAUGAGUCUCCCACCUUGGACAGCCUCAGCCUGAGUCCAACCUUGGCCAAUGGCUGUGGGGACAUUGGAGAGCAGGAAGCUGCUACUGGGGCCAAGAGAGACUGGCACCUUCUGGCAGGACUGCCUGGGAGGCUGGAAUGGGGUCUCCCAGAGAGACCUGCCUCUCCCCCUGCCUGCCUGACUUUGUCCAAAACCCCACCCACCACUGGAUGGUGGGACUAAACCAGGCACGGUCACUGUGCUGGUCAGAGUAAUUGUUCUCGUUAAUAUCAACUACCGCGCCAAAAUUUGCUGAGCAAACUUUGACAACUUCACCAGAUUUGACAACUUCACCGGGUUACAAUAACAGUGGUGGUGAUAAUUGUUGACAGUUACACAAUCCUUCCUCUAGCGGGGAGGGCAGCGGAGAAUGGGCUUCUUCCAGGGAGUUGGGACAGUCUGUGCCAGCUUUAGGCAGCUGCUGUGGCCUCACUCCUGGGCCUCCCAGUUUUGGGUCUUCCGUCCUCAAAUAAACUAUUUUUGCUUGGA